AGUUAUGCCUUUUGGCCUCACCAAUGCCCCGGCCACCUUUCAGGCGGCCAUGACCAUCGAGUUUCGCGCUAUGUUGGACCGCUUCGUCUUGGUCUACUUAGACGACAUCCUCGUCUAUAGCCGAACUCUAGAGGAGCAUCUCGAGCACCUUCGCCGUGUUCUAGAGACUCUUCGGUCAGCCCGGUACAAAGCUAACCGCGACAAAUGCGAGUUUGUCCGGCAAGAGCUUGAAUACUUGGGUCAUUUUGUCUCUCCGGAAGGCAUUCGUCCGUUGACGGACAAGAUUCAAGCCAUCCAGGAGUGGCCCGAGCCGAAGAAUGUGACGGAYGUCCGAUCCUUCCUCGGCUUGGCCGGUUAUUAUCAGCGUUUCAUCAAGAGUUACUCGAAGAUCGCAGCCAACCUAAGCAAGUUACAAAGUGAGGAGCGGCCUUUUGACUUCGACGACGAUGCGCGCCAUUCUUUUGAAACACUCAAAGCGGCACUCUUAUCCGCCGAGGUGUUACAUACUUACGACCCGCUUCUAGCUACGCGCGUCACUACCAAUGCGUCGGGCUAUGGCAUUGGGGCCGUCCUUGAGCAGCACGAUGGCACGGACUGGCACUCGGUCGAGUACUUUAGCAAGAAAGUACCUCCCGUGCAUUCGAUCGACGACGCACGAAAGAAGGAGCUUCUUGCCUUCGUCCACGCCCUCAAUGUGAUCGGGGAAAAAGUCAAACUGGUCAAUGAAAGCCAUCCAACGGGCAAUGGUAUUGUUAAUCCCGGCAUGGAUCAGAAGUCCGAGGAAACGGAUGAGGCCUAUCAGGCCCGGAUGCUGCUUCUGAUUACCGAAGCUAAGCAAUGGUCGGAUGCUGUAGCAGCCGCAACAAAGAAGAAGGCGGAGGACGCUGAAAAGGCACGACUGUUGGCAAUUGAACAGCAGUGCCAGCACGACGAGGCAGCGACAAAGGCUGCCGAUGAAGAACGACUUCAACGACGCGAGAAGAUAUUCAGCGCAGAGCGAGCCUUGCUCGCAAUGGCAGCGGACUGGCAGGCCGAGGCCGAGGCCGAGAAUGGGAAGACGGAACAGAGCGAAAACAAGAUUGCUCUACUCCUCUCCCAUCACACAGACCUCCCGGCCACGUGCAUCGCACAGCAGGAGGACAUCCACAACCUCGACGACUCGGUUCGGAUGCACAAUCAGGUGUUUGACCAAGUCAACAGCCGCCUCCAGCAGCUGGAACAAACCGUCGUCGCCCCCGUUGCCAGCUCUUCCAACACCUCCGAUCACCUCGAGGCAUUGGAGAUUGAAAUCAGAUCCCUCAAGGACGGCGUUUCACCGACAUCUUCGAGUCACCUGCCGGAUCGGCCGAUCUCUCACGAGAUCAUUCUUGAGGCCGGUGCCGUGCCGCCGAAAGGUUGCAUUUACCGCAUGAGCGAGGAGGAGCUUACGGCCCUCCGCGCGCAACUCGAUGACUUGUUGGACAAGGGUUGGAUCCGCCCUAGUAGCUCUCCAUAUGGAGCACCAAUUCUCUUCGUGCGGAAGAAGAACAAGGAUCUACGAUUGUGCAUCGACUACCGCAAGCUCAACAUGCAAACCGUCAAGAAUGCGGGGCCUCUUCCUCGUAUCGACGAUCUUCUUGAGCGAUUGGGCGGCACAAAGUAUUUUUCUAAGUUGGAUUUGAAGUCGGGAUAUCAUCAAAUCUCGAUCCAACCGAACGAUCGCUACAAAUCCGCGUUCAAGACACAGUGGCAUUUUGAGUGGGUGGUCAUGCCUUUUGGCCUCACCAACGCCCCAAUGACCUUUCAAGCGGCAAUGACCAACGAGUUUCAUGCGAUGUUGGACUGGUUCAUGCUGGUCUACUUAGACGACAUUCUCGUCUAUAGUCGGACAUUGGAGGAUCAUCUUGGGCACCUUCGACGAGUGUUGGAGACGCUCCGCCGCGCCAAGUACAAGGCCAACCGCGACAAGUGCGAAUUUGUCCGGCAAAAGCUGGAAUACUUGGGCCAUUUUGUCACAUCGCAGGGCAUUAGUCCGCUGUCCGAAAAGAUUCAAGCCAUCCAAGAGCGGCCGGAACCACGGAAUGUCACGGAUGUCCGUUCGUUCCUCAGUCUUGUCGGCUACUACCCAUGUUUCAUCAAGGGAUACUCGAAGAUCGCAGCCCAGUUGACCAAGCUUCAAUGCGAGGAUCGGUUGUUUGACUUCGGAGAGGAUGCGAAGGGAAGCGAUUGCCAUGGACAUUACCGGGCCGUUCCCCAAGCACAAGACCGAUGUGGAUGGGAUUUUCACGGUGGUCGAGCGACUCACCAAUCCCAACAAUACUGCACAGUUCCUCAUGCAACUCAACAAGACCUCCCUCCUCGAGACUUGUCCCAGCGACAAUAUCUGGCCAUUUUGGGAAUAACUAUCAUCAAACGUUAACAAGCGAUGCCAUGAGAAUCUACAACGCUUUUCUUUUGCUACAUAACAUACAAGUUCACAGUCACAUUCCCAGUUCAAUUACACAGCACCCAAGGAAAGCAGGCAACACCCCCCAUGGUCAACAAAAAUGUCUGAAGGCAUCACUCCAGACAAUAACAGAAGCACUAGAUCCAAGCAAAAGAAGCAUGAUAUCAACAAUCAGAACUAUUUACAAAAGCCAGGAAUGAUAGACCAUGAACGAAGACGGAGCAGAAGUGACACAGAAAGGACGUAAGGGAGGCCGGCAAGAUGAGCUACCAAAGAAGCCCUGAAAGGCGAACGUGCAGAACAACAUUUAGUGGCCAAAGCUCACGAGGACUAGUCCUAUCUGUGAUGGCUUAUCCUCAACGAGUAGAGAUUAGGGACCACUUGGCUGUUGGAUAUCCGAAAAGCCAAUUCCUGCAGGAAGGAGUUAAAUUCCGUCUCCUGGUGCAUAGGCAAGUGUCAGAUGGUGAAUUCUUCUGAAGAGUAAGGAUGCAUCCCUUCCGUGCUCCCCGUUCAAUCGUCUCAACAAAAUGAUUACCCUCCCUGUUCGCCAUUAGAUUGUCUCUCAACAGAAAGGAUAUCGGAAAUAGUUAGAAGGCGGAGGAGGCGCGAGCACCAUAAGUGUGAUAAGCGGUGGAUGAUGAAAAUGAUUGAAGUUCAUUAGAUGCAUCCAGUGACGGCCGGCAGCGAUAUUGCCCAUGUGACGUCAACAGGGGUUCAAAGAGCAUCCAGGAAGCGACAUUAAGAUGAGGAUAAUAUGCACAAGGAUGAGACUGUUAAUACUGUGCAAAAGGCCAUGGCCUGUGUCAAUCAGAAGACAAGGCAUCACAAGUAAUCAAUUUGAUGUCCCACAUUAAGCCACUGCUGCAUGAGAUCCGAUCCCUUUUACCAGCCGUCUGCGGGACCCUCUGAUAACCAUCUCUGUCGGUCAAUGGAUGGAGAUUUGGUUACAGGACAAGAAAGACGCACUCGCAUCUCUUAUAAGUUAAAAGGUUCGAAGACAAGGAGGCAGGAAAAAAACCAACUGAAAAAAUGUGAGGAUCUUAGGUCUCAAACGAAGAACGUGUUGUCAAACAGGAUCAAACUCAUCUGUCAAAUGCUUUGUUACCAAAGCAACCCCAGGAAAGUCAUGAUGCCCAUCUCUUGAAAAGAUAUUCCAUGAGAGUAUAGAGGAUAGAUGGUCAACAUGCUUUACUCAAUGUCACGUCUUUACAGCACUCCCGAAAACACAAAAAAAAAGAACGAAGCAUUUCUAACUCAAUCACAUGCACCUUGCUACCCUGCACUUCUCUCUCCAUUCGUCACUCCUUUCCCAUGUGAAUUACACGGCUGCAAACAGCCAAAAGUCUCUAAAACCAACCAACUGAACUGGCUAUACGAUCACAAAGGAUCUCGCAUAGAGUUCCCCCCUCAUACUCCUCACCUCUGGAAGAUUUUGACCACCUCAGAUCCCAGGCUUCUCCGGUCUCUCUAUGUGACUGCUUGCCUCCACGCAUUAAGGGAAAGCGAAUGGCCAGAACCAACGGCCACGAAGCGUAUGGCCUUGUUUGUGGCAAAUGACUUCAUGACCAUGGAGCAAAAACAAAACCCCAACAGCCCCACAUCACUCCUAAGUAGCCCUCUACGUUUUGAAGAAUCUAAAGAGGAGAUCAGACGUGGUGUGCAGGUUGCGAGAAUAAUAGGUUCAAGGGGGGGUUCAGAAUGUGGUAUUAACUGCUAUCUUUUGCUUCAGGCGUGUAGAAGUACUUGCUGAACUGCUGCUCAAGCGCGCAGAACUCCAUCAACACUUUGUACACCUCCAUCAGAAGGUGUGAAAACCUUUGCCUGAAGUAAAGCUCAUAUCCAUCG